ACUUACAACUUGUUGAUUAGCAACCGUAACUAUGGCGCCAUGAUAGGGGGCAUGCAAAACGCACAUGGCUUCAAGUCAAUACGAACGAGUGCCAUGCCUUCCUAAAUAUCGUGAAACUUUAAGUGUUGAAGAUCGUGUUAAAUACGAAGAGAAGUUAAAGUUAAUUUGUGGUAUCGAUCCCUACAAUGUUAGUCACAAAUUUUUUUCUGACGCGAUGGAUUUAUGGCCCAAUGUUGAGUUCCCCGACAUUGUGACCUACCUGUUGUUUUCAACAAGUAGGUAUACCAAGGAGCAACUGAAAGCUUACAAAAGCUUAGAAUCAUACCAGUAUUUUGUUGCUGGAUGGGUGAGGUGUGUGUAUGUCGGUAAAGCAAGUACUAACAUCAAGAUUUUAAUCGCAAAGGUAAAUCAUUCGCAAAGCCUGAAUGACACUCCUCUAAAACCAUGGGCUGCUGUAUAUAACAAUGGGUCUGUUAUAACAGCACAUUGCAACUGUAAAGCUGGACUGGGAGAAUGUUGUUCACAUGCUGGAGCGUUGCUCUUUGCUGUUGAAACUGGUGUACGAAUAGUAAAGAACAGGACUUGUACGUCUAUUCCCUGUCAGUGGCUAAUGCCUAAGACAGUAUCAAAGAUUACUUAUCAAGAACUUUGUGACGUUGAUUUUACUUCUUCCAAACGUAAAAAGCAAAAGCUGGAUGAACAUAUCAAUGAAUUAGCUUCUAGUUCAUCAUCUACUACCGAUCAGACAAUGACAACAGACAAGCCUCGUUUGCAAAACAAGUACAAGCCGUCUGAAAAUCAAAUAAAGAAGUUUUAUCAACAUCUAAGCGACACUAAAAGUAAUCCUGCAAUCUUGUCACUGAUUUCUCCAUUUAACGAAAAAUUUGUGCCAAAGAGACCUGCUGUUAACCUUCCAGACCCCUUGAAUAAGUUGUACUCCCACCAAUUUGCUUGUCUUGAGUAUGAGGAGCUAAUUUCGAAAUCAAAAGAAGUUAUGGAGACAAUUACAAUCAAUCAACAACAAGCUGAUAUGAUAGAAAAAGCUACACAAAAUCAAAGCAAGUCUCAGAUUUGGCAUCAAAUGCGAAUGGGGAGAAUAACUGCCAGCAACUUCCACAGGGCUUGUUGCACAAAUCCUGAAACACCAUCACUAAGCCCGGUCAAAGAUGUUUGUUAUGGUUCACAGUUUAAGUCUGAUGCAGCAUCGUGGGGAAAGGCCAAUGAGAAGAGAGCCCUAAAUCAAUAUACACAAGUAAUGAAAGAAAAUCAUAGCAUCUUCUCAGUUAAAGAAUCUGGAUUUGUAAUUGAUCCAAAGUACCCUUUUCUUGGUGCAAGUCCAGAUGCAAUCAGUUACUGCAACUGCCAUGGUGAAGGAUGUGUUGAGAUUAAGUGCCCAUACAGUUUAAGAAACAAGACUAUCCAGCAUGGCAUAAGUGAUGGAAAGAAUUUUUGUCUCACUAAGACACCAAAUGGUACCUUACAGAUGGACAGGAAACACCAAUAUUACUAUCAAGUCCAACUGCAAUUAGCCUCUACAAAGUUAAAGUUUGUAGAUUUUGUUGUCUGGACUCCAAAUGACAUUUAUAUUGAACGAAUUCGGAGAGAUGACGAAUCCCUUGCUGUCAAUAUUGAAAAAGCAAAAGAAAUCUACAUUUUUGCAAUUUUACCAGAGCUUCUUGCAAAGUUUCACACUUCAAAACCACUUCCAUCAAAGAUGUUUCGCACUAUCACUGUUUUGGAUGUAAUUCUGGAUUCAAGCGUCGCAAUGAAGCAAUUCGACAUAUAAGAAGUGCACAUGAUUUACAGCUUUCUGUUGUAGAGUUUGGUUCGGGGAAACAAUAACAAUGUUCUCAAAGUCAACUUUCUCCACAUAAAGUAGCCCAACAGCAAGUACCUCAAAACCUACCAUUUGAGCAGCAAAUGUAUCAAACUCAGUUCCCUCAAGUUCAGCAGCAUCAGCUGGAGCACCAAGUGACCACUCAGCAUCUCACACAGCUGCAAACACAGCAACAACAAGAGCAAUUUCUACAUAUGCAACUAUCUGAGGAAACACACCAACAAAGCAGCACAAACAUAGAAAUGUCUGAGGUUCACCAAUAUCAGGAGUUUUCUUACAUGCCUGCUCAGUCUCGUUCAAUGCGACAACAACCACCCAGAGUUAAAUGUCCUUUCCUGGACUGUAAACGAGAAUUUCAUCCAAAUUCCCUUUCAAGCCACAUAAAAACCAAACAUGCUGCUGAUAAAAGAAAGAAAAUAUCUUCAAUGAGGUACUUGAAUGGAAUAUGUGUUGACUCGACAAAUGGGGUUUAUCUUGUGAGGAAACAACUUAGUGGAACAGAUCAUCCCAUUCAUUGUCAAUUUAAAACCACAAACUCUCCUUCUAUUGCAUGUAGUGUUGAUACAUGUCGUCAACUUAGCGAAACUGCUUCAAGAAGUGGUCAAGCAAAUUUUCUUUGUGAUCUUGUGCAGUCUACAUAUUUUAUUGGGACGUCAACUGUUGUUGAUCAUUUAAGAGAAGAUUCUCUUGAUUAUAUAGUGAACACUUUGAAAUGGUUGAAAUUUGAACGGAGGUCUGAAUGUCUGCAGUGGCAGAAACAAGCUAAUGACAAGAAUACCCCACUUGCUGUUCAGAUGCCUGUCACACCUGAUUCCUCCAAUCGUUUCUUUCAUUUUUCUGUGUUUGCAAAUGUUAAACGGGAUCAUUACUGGUCAUUUUGCAAACGAGUAAUUGUAUCAUAUGACAAUGAAACUUCAUCAUUUCAUUGCAAAUGCUGCCCAUCUCGUCGUUCCUGCAUGCAUAAAUGCAUUGUUAAGUGGGCAAUUGGACAGUUUGGACAGUGGCAUCCCUCUGUUGUUGGCACCACCCCACCAAUUGAUGAUGAAAUUGGUGAAGAUUUAAGUUUACCAGAACCAGAAGAUAAUGCUGUUGAAGACGUUCUACUUGAAAAUCAAAAUCAAAUUUCCCUAUCUGGCAGCUUUUUUUAUCCUCCUUCUGGAGAUGUGGCUGCAAAGUUUGUUGAAUACCUGUUUGCUGAAAAGAAAAUCCCUUCACACCUUCCUUUGACAUUAACUGUGGAAAAGGAACAAUUUGCUAAAAGGAAUUUCGCUGUUUGCAAAGUUUUGUGUCGAGUGCAAGAUACCGUACAGAUACCAGGAGUAUUCAGCUGGUGUUCACAAUUUUAAUGACAACUGGCUUUUAAGUUUGGGAAUAUGUGAUAUGAUCAGAAAACAUCUUCAGUUAGUGAACUUCAGUUGCCAGACCCCGAAUCCGAUGCUCCUGCAGAUGAAGUGGACGCUGAAAAGUACUGGCAACAAGUGAACUGUGGGAUCUUAUACAGAGGAGUAUUGAGAGGUAC